AUGAUUAUUGUUGGAGCGUGUAUGCUGGUUGCACCAAAUGCACAGUUCAUGGAUGAUAUGCAAUCCUUCAAGCUGGAAUGUUUAGGGGAGAGUGUUUUCGAAUGCCUAAAUGGGGAAUGUAUAUUCCAAGAUCGCUUCUGUGAUGGAAAUUACGACUGUGAAGAUGGCAGCGAUGAGAAUUUUUGUCCUCAUCAAAUUCCGGAUGCUCAGUACUGCAACACAAGUCACCAGUAUUUGUGUGCGGACGGUAAGAAGUGCAUACCGAACACCUGGGUCUGCAACCUCGACCCUGACUGUGAUGAUGGAUCUGAUGAAGCCAACUGUUCAGCCACACUCAGUAAUGCAAAUGCAACCUGCAAGGGCUUCCAAUGUGAUGGGACGCGAUGCAUUUCUAAGUUCUGGAUGUGUGACGGUGCCUACGACUGCCAGGAUAAGUCUGAUGAAGAUAUCGAGCAUACCUGUCGUCAUGCGCUACGAGCUCGUGAGAUGAACAACGGACUGCGAUGUAAUAUUGAUUCUUUCGGUGUGACCGCCAUGUUGGAGUAUACAUGCCUGGACAAUUCAUUCUGCGUGCCCAAAGACAUGAUGUGUGACGGCCUCAAUGACUGCAAGGAUGGGAGCGAUGAGGGGAAAUUUUGUGAGCAUUGGCAUACUAUGUGCACAAACUACACCUGCAACGGCACUCAGUGCGUUCCUGAUCGUUCCGGACCCUAUUGCGACUGCAUGAGCCCUCAUUCCCAGUACAACUACACGAGCCAACGGUGUGAGACUAUCAACAACUGCUUGGACGAUAGGCCGUCCUGCUCGCACCUGUGUGAGCGACAUGGGGAAACAUUCAAAUGUUUGUGUGAGAAGGGCUACGUUACGGACACUGCUAGCUACUUGUGCUACGCUCCUGGGCCUGAAGCGAUGUUGCUAUUCAGUACGCGUAAUGAUAUAAGAUACAUCAAGGUCAAAACGAAACAACAGAAAGUUGUCGUAUCUGGAAUUAAACGGGCUCACGGAGUCACAUUCGACGGUACGUACGUUUAUUGGGUAGAAACUGCCCAGGGUCACCAAGCCAUUGUAAGAGCUCAUAUAGACAAUGUCAAGGACACCAAAGAGGUUCUCGUUGCCAUAGGCUUGGAAGACCCCGGCGACAUAGCGAUUGAUUGGAUAGGUGGAAAUAUAUACUUUACUGAUACAGAAAGAGGGAUCAUAUCUGCCUGCAGAGUUGAUGGUUCUAUCUGCACAGUGUUACAUGCAGAUACUAAGCGUCCAAAGUUUGUCACAUUGGAUCCUAAGACGGGUAAAAUGUUCUGGGCUGAUUGGCACGACAGACCCUUGAUCAUGAUGUCACGAAUGGAUGGCUCACACCCUGAAAUCUUAGUGGAGAAGCUGGCCGACUUCGCGACUGGACUGGCCCUAGAUCCUCCCAAUGAAAGACUGUACUUUGUUGACGGAACUAUCAAAGUUGUUAAAUUAUUCGAUUUUAAAGUAUAUUCACUAUUCGAGGAGGCAUUUCAUCAUCCGUACGCGAUAGCUGUCUUCGAAAACACUGUGUUCUGGAGUGACUGGACAUCAGACACUAUUCAAACCACUGAUAAGAUGCACAGUGCUGAUAAGAGAGACUUGCUUGUGACUCUAGAUGAGUCUGUGUUUGAUAUGCACAUAUAUCAUCCGUUGAUGAUGACCAAAGAUAAGCAUCCGUGCAAGAGUAAUCCAUGCUCACAUCUGUGUCUAGUUACUUCUAACACAACUUAUUCAUGCGCAUGUCCAGAAGGAAUGGCGGUUAAUGGAACUGUGUGCAAACCUAUACAAGAGUUUAGACCCCAGUAUCUAGUAUUGGGUGGCGGAUCCGCGUUCACGAGGAUACAGUACUCUAGUCUUGGAAAUCCUGAGAUACACGGGACUCAUUUUGAUAUCGGAAGAGUACAAGCAAUGGCCUAUGAUAAUAAUAGAGAUACACUGUAUGUGUACGAUGGUCAACGCAAAUCUAUUUGCUAUAUCAAUAUGAGUGACUUCACUCUCGGCGUUACCCAUCUUCUCGCUUAUAAUGGCUUGGAAAAUGUCGUAGAUAUGGAUUACGAUUACGUAUCAGAUUCUCUGUACAUUCUGGACGAGGGUCGGAGAAUGAUCGAAGUCAUAUCGCUGAGAACUAAACAUAAAGCUUUGAUCUACCGCUUCGCUGAAGAAGAGAUACCUAUUAGCUUCUGUGUAGUGCCAGAAUAUGGGAGGUUGCUGGUGGCAGUUUCUGAGAGAGACUACAACAAUGAAAUACACAUUGACAGCAUUGGUUUGGAUGGAAGUGACAAGAGACAUCUUCUCAUGAACAAUAUACUAGGUCCUAAUGUUCGUCUCCGGUACUCGUCUGAAAUGGACAUCGUAUACAUCGCUGACGAAGGGCACGCAGUCAUUGAUUUUAUACACCCUGAAGGUACUGGAAGGGAAAACUUUCGAGAGAUCAUUACGACUGUUGCUAGUCUAGCGGUGUCAGACACCCACGUGUUCUGGACUGACCGACACACCCAGCGCCUGUAUUGGGCUGACGUGCAUAAGACUGGCCAGAUCAUACGCAGGAUGGAGCUCUAACCCUUCACCAUGCUCCCACCUGUGUGUCCAAAUACCCCACCCAAUACCGCAAGACCUUGAUAUGGGCUACAAAUGUCUGUGUCCUGCUGGAUUACUUCGAAUGAACGAUACAUGUGUGAGCAUUAAGAUGUGUCAAC